CAUCAGGCAGCACAUAUAAUAUAUCUGCAAGAAGAUAACAGUCUAUUUGUAAAUCCAAUAUAUUGUGAAGCCAUGACAACUUGUUCUGCCAGUGUAGUUAAUAUUGAACAAGAACUUUGAUCUUGUUGAAGCAUUUCUCUUUCUUCAUUUCAUCCUCUUCAGAAUCAAAGCUCUGCGGCACGACAUUUCAGCACAAUGAAAAAUAUAAAAAACGAAAAGCUGACUUUAAGACGGGAGUUGGGGCUCACCAGUGCUGUCUCUUUGGUUGCAGGCAUCAUGAUAGGUUCAGGAAUUUUUAUGUCUCCACAGUUUGUACUGGUGUACGUUGGGAGUUCAGGGGCGAGCUUGAUCGUCUGGGCAGUGUGUGGUAUAGUAUGCAUGUUUGCUGCUUUCUCAUAUGCUGAGAUGGGAACCAUUAUCAGAGAAUCAGGGGGCAACUACAUCUAUAUCCUGCGAAUUUAUGGACCUUGUCCUGCAUUCUUUGUGGCCUUUACAAACAUGUUUGUGAUGAGGCCAUUUGCGACUAUAGCUGGUUCUCUGAGCUUUGCUAAGUAUGUUGUGGCACCAUUUUACCCAAGCUGUACACCACCCAUACUAGUGGUAAAGUGUAUCGCCGCAGCAUGUAUCUUGGUGAUUGCAACUAUCAACAUGUUAAAUAUACGUUUUACCAUGGCGACUCAGGUGGUCUUUAUGGUGGCCAAAUUUGUAGGUCUAAUGAUAAUAGCUAUUGGAGGAAUAGUAACACUUGUACAGGGAAACUAUGGAAGCCUCUCCAACCUAGAAAGUGCCUUUGCAGACACAAAGCUUGGCAUUAGUACCGUUGGAAUGGCACUAUAUCAGUGCCUGUGGUCGUAUUCUGGGUGGUACAACUUAAACAAUGUUACCGAGGAGCUGAAAAGACCAGAGGUGAACCUGCCACGGGCCCUGAUGAUUGCUAUUCCCAUGGUAACGAUCCUGUACCUGCUAGUCAAUGUCAGUUAUCUGGUAGUUAUGACACCCUCAGAGAUGAUUUCCUCCAGUGCAGUAGCUGUCACUUGGGGGAAUAAAGUAUUAGGAGGAUGGGGCUGGGUGAUGUCCGUUGCUGCAGCAUUCUCAGCCUUUGGUUCUCUAAAUGGAUCUUUUUUCAGUGGAGGACGAGUGUGUUACGUAGCAGCAAGAGAGGGACACAUGCCAGACAUCCUGGCCAUGGCUCACAUGCGCAGACGUACUCCCUCUCCAGCCCUCAUUUUCAACACAAUCAUUUCUCUUAUUGUUCUCAUUCCGGGAGACUUCCAGGGCAUAAUCAACUUCUUCAGCUUUACUGCCUGGUUCUUCUAUGGGAUGACAUUAUCAGGUCUUCUGUAUUUAAAAAUCAAGAAACCUGAACUUCCCCGGGCAAUUACGGUACCCAUAAUUAUUCCCAUCCUGGUGUUGCUGGCCGCAGUGUUCCUGGUGCUGGCUCCCAUCAUUGAUGACCCUCAGAUUGAGUACCUCUAUGUGAUCCUCUUCAUAUUGAGCAGCUCUGUGGUUUACAUCCCUUUCAUUCACUUCAAGCUGUUCCCGGGAUUAUUAAAUAAACUCACAGUCUUCCUACAACUUUUCCUAGAGGUGGCACCAACUGCCAAAAACCUGUAAUGCUUAUGGAACAGGACUGUCAGAUUCAUUGCAUUUUAAAUUCAUAAUGUUACAGGCUCUCGCAAUACUAAAUGUAAUAUGUGUGAUAUAUAAAAGAGAAAAAUAAAUUAAUCAAUGAAUUCUAUUCUUCUAAUCUAUGUAAUAUAAUGAUAUAUGUAA